CUCCACUCGCUUUCUCUCAACUCUGUUUCUCCUGCAUUCAAACUUCCAAUCCAAGAUUUUUCUCUGUCGAUCCUGUUGCUCCAAUCACAACAUUCUGACAAUGGAUUUAGCAGCAUCAAGUGGUCCUCUCAACAGCACCAUUCCCACUCUCCUUGAUUUGGAGGAGAGAAUGAGAAUGGUGAUGAUAAGCAAUGGGCAAGGAGAGGACCGUGGCGAAACAUUUGCAGAGCGUGCUGAAGAAUACUACCGGAAACGACCUCAGCUGCUAGCCCUACUCCAAGACCUCUACAAUGGUUACAUCACCCUGUUGGACCGGUGCCAACAGACAAAGCGCAGACUUAAUCCUCGUGAUCAACAAGACGAAGGAUCGGAAACUGAGAGCACCCUUUCUUACCAGCCACCACCUGCUCAAGAGAACAUUGUGGAUGACUUGGUUGCAGAGCUUGUGAUCAAGAAUGUUGAAAACGAGUUUUUAGCCAACCAAUUAGGCGACAUGGAUCAGCAACGCAAUGACUGUUUGAGGAAGAUAGAGUUGCUUAAAAUGUUGCUGGAGCUGUUGGAGUCUGAGAGGGUGAUGCUAUUGAAUGACAAUGUGAGAUUAGGGCAUAAAGUGAGUGCAGUUUUGGAAGAGAAAAAUGUUGUAGCAUCGGAGGCUAUGUUCAUGAAGAGGAAGGCUGCAGAGCUUGCUAGGUGUUUGCUGAGGAUGAGGGACGACUACAGAACCUGCAUUCUGAGACAGAAGAUCGAAGAUCUUCAGGAGCAGAUAUUUUUCUUGGAGAAGAGGAACAAGGAGUACCAUGAGCAGUUGAAGAGAUCAGAAAUGAAAGUAAUGAAGAAGAGCAACAGCUGUUGCUUUCAAAGGAGGAGCAAAAAGACAGGGUUUAAGCUGUGGGAGAGGGUGAAGAAUGCUGACCUGUUCAUGUGUGGCGUUCACCAUAAUGGCUCUUCAUGAUUUCUGCUGCUUAUAUGCCACUACUUUGUGGAUUAACUUUCUAUCUCUUCUUCUUUAACAAACAAGUAUAUAUUCUAAGAUACUACAUGUUUUGUCUUGGACUUGAAUUAAUCAUUUAUCAAUGGUCAGGUAAGCAAAUGAACCAUCCUCAUUACC